ACACAUCGUAAAUCAUUUUUUGUUCAGUUGUGUAGAAUUCAGUAAUAUGCUCUAUUAGCCCGGCAUUGACUGGGUGGAUCUGUAUGUUUUGUAUGUAAGAGCACUGAGGAGUUCACAUCACCAUGGGCCACAGAAAGAGAGGUCACACUCAUGCACCUAAAACGCCCCCAUCCUUGGACACACACUCCUCCAACAGUCUCCGGCUCUCUGAUCAUGAGCAGGGCCUGAAGCACAGGAUCUGUAUGGUGUCAGACUUCUUCUACCCAAACAUGGGAGGCGUGGAGAGUCACAUCUACCAGCUCUCACAGUGUCUCAUAGAGAAGGGCCACAAGGUUGUGAUUGCAACACAUGCGUAUGGAGACCGUCGUGGCAUUCGCUACCUGAUCAACGGACUGAAGGUUUAUUACCUACCACUGCAGGUCAUGUAUAAUCAGUCCACAGCGACCACCUGCUUCCACAGCUUGCCGUUACUCCGGUGUGUGUUCGUGCGUGAACGCAUCACAAUCGUGCACGCUCACAGCUCCUUCUCCGCGAUGGCCCAUGAUGCUCUGUUCCACGCCAAGACUAUGGGACUCAACACCGUAUUCACAGAUCACUCUCUCUUUGGAUUUGCAGACCUGAGUUCUGUACUGACCAAUAAGCUGCUGACUGUCUCUCUGUGUGACACCAAUCACAUUGUGUGUGUGUCAUACACUAGUAAAGAGAACACUGUACUGCGGGCUGCGCUGGACCCUGAAAUUGUCUCUGUCAUCCCUAAUGCUGUUGACCCCACUGACUUCACCCCUGACCCCUGUCGCCGUGACAACAACAAGAUCACCAUUGUGGUCAUCAGUCGACUGGUUUACAGGAAAGGGAUUGAUUUACUAAGUGGAAUCAUUCCUGAGUUAUGUGGCAAGCAUCCAGAUCUCUGCUUUCUGAUUGGUGGAGAGGGACCCAAAAGAAUCAUCCUGGAAGAGGUUCGAGAGAAAUAUCAGCUUCAUGACAGGGUUCGUCUGCUGGGAGCUCUGGAUCAUAAAGAUGUGAGGGAUGUUCUUGUUCAGGGUCAUAUAUUUCUCAACACUUCUCUCACUGAGGCCUUCUGUAUGGCCAUAGUGGAAGGGGCCAGCUGUGGGCUGCAGGUGGUGAGCACCCGUGUCGGAGGUAUACCUGAAGUCCUGCCUGAUGAGUUGGUAACUCUGUGUGAACCAUCAGUUCAUUCGAUUUGUGACGGCUUGGAAACUGUAAUUGCAAGAAUACGCACAGGAAACGUGGAGUCUCCUUCCACCAUCCACCGCAAGGUCCGAACACUGUACACUUGGAGAAACGUUGCUGAGCGCACAGAAAAGGUGUAUAAUCGGGUGUGCAGGGAGCCCGUUUUGCCGUUGUCUGCGCGGUUGCAUAGACUGCGCUCUCACUGUGGUGCGGUGGCAGGCUCCAUUUUCUCCUUUGUUGCUGUUAUCAACUUUAUCUUCCUGCUUUUCCUGCAGUGGCUCCGCCCAGAUCAUCUGAUUGAUGUUGCUAUAGACUCAUCAGGCCCCCACAGCCGCAUGGGGCAGCAUCUUAGUAAGAAGAAAAGUAAAGCACCAAACCCGGCUGUGUCCUGACUAAUGAUCUAACAUGGCCUCUCAGUAGGCUCAUGAUGAACUUUAUUUAGAAGGGGAAUGAACUGAACUGAAACUAUAGUAUUGGUAUAUCAUAGUGCACUAUGGUACAUCAAAACAUGUGAUGUAUAAAACUGUGAACUCAGGUGAAGAGAAAGCUUUUAAAAGCUAUCCUCAGCUACUCCUAUAGUCCAGCACCUGCACUUACACAUUGAAAACCUGCCUUUAUGUAAACCCCCAUUAGAUAAUGGUCUAAACUUGUUGAAAUUGUUGCACAAAUAUCUUUAAAUGUCUAGAUUUGAGAUAAAUGACAAACAGUGGCAGCUUUUCCUGUAUCACCUUUACAUUUGUUUUCCUCUCACAGCAUAUCUGUAUGGUGUAGAUGUGAUUCAGACUGAAAUAAAUGAGCUGAACUGAAAGUUUUAAUACCAGUUUUUGAGCUCUGGUGGAGCUGUGAAAUGUAAGAUGCAUCUUAUCUGUUUAUUUCUUUGAUCUGACAGUGCUUGUUUCUCUUUAAGCCUGUCCUUAUUUCCAUUGCUGAUUUCUUUGGAUAAUGGUGUAAAUGUAUUAAUUUCACAUGCAGCAAACUUGUUUUAGGGCGCUAUACUUUACUUUUUUAGUGUUUUAUAUUGACCUUCUCUGUGAUUAAAAAGCACAAAGGUUCCCACUACCUGAGGUAAUAUGUAUUGGAAUUAUUUUUGUUGACACAAUAAACUUUAUUAACAUG